GGCACCUGCUGCCGCUUCUCUCUCCGCUGACGGCUCCAGGCCUUCCUUCCCCGCCUCCGGCGCCUGGCCCUCAGCGCGGGGUCUUUGCCUCGGCUUGGCCCGCUGCGCCGUGACGUCCCUCGAAUAGCAGCUCGAGGCGGGCGAUUCCUGUGAGGAGGUUGGUUCGAGACAGUGCUGCCGCCACCGCUGCAGAAGCAGCCGCUUCCCUUUCCCUUCGGCUCAGGAAGGGCUUCGAGCGGGUCAGCGGCAGGGCGCGCGCUCCCCCGAAGGAGAGCUUGCGGAGAGCGGCGGCGGCGGCACCCAUUUCGCUUGGCGGGGGGCGGCCACGAGUCCAGGCGCGAUGGCCCCCGAAACACCCCGUGCGCCGCUCGGGCUCCUUCUCCUCCUCCUCCCCGUCGCCGUGGUGCCUUCCAAGCUGAACAUUCCCAAAGUGCUGCUGCCCUUCAGCCGAAGCACCAGGAUCAACUUCACUCUGGAGGCAAGCGAGGGCUGCUACCGCUGGUCUUCUACCAGACCAGAAGUUGCUAGCAUAGAAGCUAUAGAGCAAGACAACCAACAGUGUUCACAGAAGGCUAUUGUGCAGGCCCGUUCAUCGCAGGUGACACGCCUUACAAGUAUUAUUUUGGCUGAAGAUAUUUUAACUGGCCAAGUCCUUCGCUGCGAUGCCAUAGUUGAUCUUAUUCAUGAUGUUCACAUUGUGUCCACCACAAAAGAACUGUAUCUAGAGGAUUCACCAUUGCAACUGAAAAUUCAAGCUUUAGAUUCUGAAGGAAACACCUUUAGCACUUUGGCGGGACUUGCUUUCGAGUGGACAAUUAUGAAAGACCCAGAAACUAAUGGAUUCUCAGAUUCCCACAAUGCACUGCGCAUCCUGAAGUUCUCAGAAUCAACCUAUACACCACCUUCCUAUAUAUUAGAGAUGGAAAAAGUUGCCAGACAAGGGGACAUUGUUUUAGUAUCGGGCAUGAAAACAGGGAGUUCGAAAUUAAAAGCAAGGAUACAAGAAAGUGUUUAUCAGAAUGUACCUGCUGCUGAAGUCAGGUUGUUUAUUUUGGAAAACAUCAUUCUGAAUCCAGCUUAUGAUAUCUACCUACUUGUAGGAAUGUCAGUGCAAUAUAAAGUUCAGAAAAUAAGACAGGGGAAGAUUACAGAAUUAAUAAUGCCUUCUGAUCAGUAUGAACUGCAGCUUCAGAACAAAACACUCAGCCCUGGGGGAGAUCCAGCCUGGGCUGUUGCCAAGUUGGAUCAGGCAACAUCCAGAGUUACUGCAUUGCAGCGGGGACAGACGAACGUUGUACUUUGCCACAAAAGCAUUUCUAUGAAAGGUGCUUCCAAAUUGCCAAAUGGCACCAUUUAUGUUGUAGACCCUGGAUACUUAGGAUUUUCAAUUUAUCCUGCUGAUAGGUGGGUCUUGGAAACAGAGAGGCUCUAUGAAAUCACUGUUGAUGUGUAUGAUAAAUCAAGUAAUAAGGUGCACUUAUCAGAUAAUCUCAGAAUUGAUAUUUCCUGGCCAAAAGCAUACUUCAAGGUUCUUCAGUCCUCUCCAAAUGGUUCAUAUCAUCAUGUGAAAGCGAUAAAGGAGGGACACACCAUUAUAAGUGCUUCUUUAACAUCUGUUGUAGAUCAGGAUGGAGGUGUUCACACACUACCUGUUCCUGUACAGAAUCAGCAAGAAGUAGACAUUUAUGUUCCCAUUGCUCUAUCACCAAGCAUUUUGACGUUUCCAUGGCAGCCGAAAGCUGGAGCCUAUCAGUACACAAUAAAGGCUCAUGGUGGAAGUGGUAAUUUUUCUUGGUCCUCAUCUAACCAAAACAUUGCUACAGUAACAGUCAAGGGAGUAAUGACCACUGGAAAUGAAAUUGGUGUCAGUAUUAUACGUGCCAGUGACGUUCAGAAUUCAUUGCAUUACGGGGAAAUGAAGGUGUACGUGACAGAACCUACUGGCAUGGAGUUCACGCCGUGUCGAGUUGAAGCACGUGUGGGUGAAAUCCUGGAGCUGCCUCUGAAGAUUAAUGGACUAAUGAAUGAAGAAACCAGUCAGAUGGUCACCCUGAGUGACUGUUCACAUUUUGAUUUAGUUGUCGAGGUUGAGAACCGUGGUGUAUUCAUUCCACUUCAAGGAAGACUAAAGCCAACUUCUGACUACUGCAGUGGGGUCAGGGUAAAAGCUGAAGCCCAAGGAUAUACAGCACUUGUUGUUAGUUACACCCAUGAACAUAUCCACCUCAGUGCCAGUAUUACAAUAGCUGCCCAUCUGCCACUAAAAACUGUUGAUCCCACUUCUGCUGCCCUAGUAACUUUGGGCUCCUCCAAAGAUAUAAUAUUUGAAGGGGGACCCAGACCAUGGGUUCUAGAACCAUCAAAGUUCUACAGGAACAUCAGCGCUGAAGAUUCAGACAAUGUCGGUUUAUCAUUACUAGGGCCACCUACAACUAGGAAUCCUUUCCAACAUUGGGUUAGAGCAUCUUGCAGAGCCCUGGGGGAACAAGUAAUUUCCUUAGUAAUUGGAAACAAGCCCACGGUUACUAACCCCUUUCCAGCUGCUGAACCUGCUGUUCUGAUGCUGAUCUGUGCCAGCCCCUCCCGAUUCACUUUGGCACCUUUAUAUGCAGAACCUGAGAUUGGUCUCUCCUGUCCUUUUCUUCAUCAGAACAAGCAAGGGGUCCCUGUCUCGAAAUAUCGCAAUCCAGUAUUGGAGAUGGAGGUUUAUGAUCAACAGGGACGUAAAUUUGACAAUUUUAGUUCCCUUAAUAUUAUCUGGGAAUCAACAAAAUAUUCACUGGCCAGUAUAGAAGCCGAUAUGCCAAUGGAGCUGUUUUUGAAAAAUCAUGGAAAUGGUCAGAACAAAAUGCAUGGAUUGCAAACUGUUUUAGUUCACAAUAAACCUGGAGCAGUGACUAUAUCUGCCACUGCGGCUGGAUAUCAACAUCUUCAUCUGGCUGCUGCAGAAGUGAAUAAACCGUAUGAACCUCUUACACCUGUGUCCUCCAGCGUUGAGCUAAUACUUGUGGACGAUGUAAAAGUGAGUCCUAAAGAAGUGACUAUCUAUAAUCACCAGGCUGUCAAGGCUGAAUUGCUCAUAAAGGAGGGCUCUGGAUAUUUUCUUGUUAAUACCAGUGCUCUCAACAUUGCAAAAGUGACUUAUGAAGAAGCUCAAGGUGUUGCAGUGGUAUAUCCUUUACAUCCAGGGUCACUGUCUAUAAUGAUUCAUGAUUUGUGCCUUGCUUCUACUACUCUUGCCAAAGUGGAGGUGCAUGUUUCUGGUAUACAAGCAGUAUCUGUUGGAGUUGUUGACAAGGUAGAGAUUGGCAAAAAAGUUACCGCUUACGUCAGAGUGCUGGAUGCUUCCAAGAAAUACUUUCCAGCUAAAUACUUCGCCUUCAUGGACUUAAAUCUAAAGGCAGCAUCUCCAAUUAUCUCAUUAAAGCCUCUCGGUGAAGCUUCUGAUGAAUACACUGCUGCUUUUCUAGUUCAUGGACUGGCCAUAGGUCAAACCAGUCUUACAGCUUUUGCCACUGACAGAUAUGGAGAGAGGAUCAAUUCAGUUCCACAGCAGAUUGAAGUCUUUCCUCCUUUUAGACUGAUGCCAAGAAAAGUCACAUUGCUCAUAGGUGCAGUGAUUCAGAUUACUUCUGAGGGAGGACCACAGCCGCAGUCCAACAUAAUAUUAUCCACCAGCAAUGCCAAUAUUGCCUCCGUCAACAGCAGUGGCCUUGUAACAGGAGUGUCAUUGGGCAACAGUACUAUAACAGGGAUGGUUCAAGCUGUUAAUGCAGACACUGGUAAAGUUGUGGUUGUAUCCCAGGAUAAAGUGGAAGUUGAGGUAAUUCGGCUUGAAGCUGUUAGAAUUCAUGCACCCAUUACACGAAUGAAAACUGGCACUCAGAUGCCAGUGUAUGUGAUGGGCAUCACCAGCAACCAAGCUCCUUUUUCAUUUGGCAAUGCAGUUCCAGGGUUAACAUUUCAUUGGUCUGUCACAAAAAGGGAUGUCCUGGAUGUGAAAACAAGAUUCAGUGAGGCUUCUCUUCAGCUUUCCCCACAAUGCAACUUUGCAGUGGAUGUUUAUGGUAAAGGGAAAGGAAGAACAGGGUUGAAGCUUGUUGUCAAAGCCCUUGAUCCUUCUGCUGUGCAAUUUGGCCACAUGGUAAAAGAAUUGUCAGAUGAAAUCCAAAUACAGGUAUUUGAGAAACUAGUUAUUCUGGGAGUAGAAGUAGGACAAAUCCUAAUGUCGCCAAACUCUUUUUUUAAAGUUCAGACAAACAGGGACCGAGUUGCUGCUCUAAUUUACCAUGUCUUGGAUGGUCAGGAUAGAGUUCCUGUGGUGCAGAUUGAUGAGAGAGGCCUCCUUAAUUCUGGAUCCUUGAUAGGACUGUCAACAGUACAAGUAAUUUCACAAGAGCCAUUUGGAAUCAACCAGACCCUUACUGUCACUAUCAAGGUGGCUCCUAUUUCCUACUUGAGAAUAUCCAUGAACCCAAUUUUCCAUACACAAAACCAUGAAGCAUUAUUGGCAUUACCAUUGGGCAUGACGUUGACCUUGACCAUCUACUUCCAUGACAGCUUUGGAGAUACUUUCCAUUCACAAAAUUCUGUGCUUAGCUUUGCAGUCAACAGAGAUGAUUUUGUACAGGUAGGGAAAGGAGCCUCCAACAACACGUUAAUAAUCCGAACAAUGAAUGUCGGCCUAAGUUUGCUUAAAGUAUGGGAUGCAGAGAACAGCAUUAUUGCCGAUUACGUGCCUCUUCCUGUGCAACAUGCCAUCUACCCUGAGCUCAGAGAUAUUGUCAAAGGUGACGUCCUUUGCUUAACUUCCUCACUGGUAAACCAAGAAGGUUUGACAGGAACAUGGAGUUCUUCUUCAAAUAGUAUUCUUCAGAUUGAUCCAAAGACAGGAGUAGCAGUAGCAAGGAAUUCUGGAACUGUUACAAUAUAUUAUGAGGUCCAUGGAUUGCUUAAGACCUACCGGGAGGUGUCGAUUAAUGUACCUCAAAAGAUUGUGGCAACACAUGGAAGUGGAAUGAAAACAAGUUUGCAGGGCACUUUAACUUCGAAAGUUGUAGUUAAAAUUGGGCAUGGAAGCAAAAAUCUCAAAGGAGAAUGUUCACCCGCCCAGAUUGAAGUAAUUGAAGAAAUGAGGCCCCAGUCUAGUAUCAAUUGCCAACUUCAUUUCAACAAUGAUAUAUUUGAUUUUCCAGCCUCUGAAAUUUUUGCAGCAGAACCUGGGUUUGAUGUAGAUUCAGGACAUUAUACUUGUUCCAUCACAAUGAACAGACUUGCGGACAAGCAGCUAAAACAACUGAGUAUGAGCAAAAUGGCUGUUGUUGUAACAGCUUCAGUCCAAAGCAGCCAUUUCUCAGAGUGGAUCAGUGCCGAAGUGCCAUUUAAUCCGGGAUUUUACGCUAAUCAGACUGAAAUUGCCUUGAAUAAUCAUUACACAAGUUCUGAUGUGAAGAUAUUUGGAGCCACUGAAAUUCUUGAAAAUCUUGUGGUGAAAUCUGGCUCGCCUCUGGUGGUGGCCUUUGAGAAGGAAAGGUCCUAUGGCUUGCCUAGUUAUGUAACAUAUACUGUCAGCUUAUCAGAUCCAAGACUUGCAAGCAAAGGGUCUCUGUCUACUACACUUACCAUAUCCAGCACAGGGACUGACCAAUCUAUCACAAUCCCAGUAACAAUGUUUUAUGUAUCUGACAGACCCUUAUCAGUGAGACAUGAACCAAGCUUAUUCCAACACUUCCUUGAUUCCUAUCAAGCCAUGUUUUUCACACUUUUUGCACUACUAGCAGGGAUGGCUGUUACAGUAAUAGUGCACUAUGCUAUUUUCUCACCAAAGGAACAGCUCACUCACCCAGCUUUUCUCCCAAGGACGAGUCCUGAGCAUAGACAACGAUUUCCUGCUCGAUCUGCACCUUCCUUCAGUUCCACAUCUUCAGGCAGCAUUCGCGGCUCUCCCACCAGACUUUGGAGUCCUGGCUAUGCUUCACAGUAGACAGAGCUUUUUCCCCCUCUCAAAAGACUCGUUUGUAUUUUAAAGUACUAGUGCUUUUACUGGUAACUAAUUGCCAAAGCUUAGCUUUUUGCUCAGUUUAUUGCGACUCUCUUUCUUUGACGAAUGCAACAAAAUUUCUGUAUACCUUUAUAAUUCACCAUCCCCAUAUUAUUUAAGGGUAGUAGAAUCUACUCUUCCACAAUCUGUCAUUAUUAGCAGUACAACUUGGGUGUUGGGAGAGGAAUUAAUGGGUUAAUGCCCAGUAUCUGUGUUGAUCUAGCUUGCCUUUUCU